CCUAUACACUUAAUUAUUAUUUAACUAAGAAAAGGUCAUUUAAAAUAAAUAUUUCUCUCAAAGGGGUCCUGUCUAAAACAGGCAGCAGCAAAAACAAAGUUUAUGACAAUCAACAACCAGCCAUUAAUUGAAUCAUAGUACCGAAUACAUGAGAAUAACACUUAAUAAGACAUUUAGUGACAUGUGAACCAUCAUCAAGACAAAAAAAAUACAUCUUGAUAAGGUUUGUUAUCCUCAGUAACCAAACUGACCUCCACACUCAUCUUUUUCUCUCAUUCUCAAACCCUGCUGUUCUUUUCCAGUUGAAUCAGUCUCUGAUGUUUACAGCAGAGUGACGUCAUGGCGACUGCAGCAGCAGACACAGAUGAUCUGUUUCCUCUGAGGCGCAGGAACAGCAUGGGAUGGUUGCCACCUCACAUGUCUGAGCUGAGGGUGGUUCUGCUGGGGAACAGCUGGUCUGAGAGGAGUUCAGUGGGGAACUUUAUACUCAGAGAGACUGAGUUCAACACUGAGGAAGAACCAGACAGCUGUUUGAAGUUCAGAAGACAGAUAAAGGAGAAAGACAUAGUUCUCAUCAACACUCCAGAUCUGCUGAGUCCCCACAUCUCUGAAGACAGACUGACAGAACAUGUGACAGCCUGUGUGAGACUCUCUGAUCCUGGACCUCAUGUGUUCCUGCUGGUUCUACAGCCUGAAGACUUCAGGGAGGAACACAAACAGAGUCUCUGCAGAGCACUGGAACAUUUCAGUGAUCGAUCAUUUGAUCAUUCAUUGGUUUUGAUUUUAUCACGAAGAGAGGAGAGUCCAGGCUUAAAGAAGAAAUACAAGGAGCACCCUCCAUUAAGAGACAUGAUCAUAAAGUGUAAAUACAGACACUUGAAACAGAAACACCUUGACCAUUCAGAGCUGUUAAUGCGUUUGAGUCAAAUAGUAAAGGAGAAUAGUGGAGAGCAUGUCAUCUACAAAGCAUCUGAGGAAACAACAGCUUCAUUACAUGACUAUCAUCAGAGCCUGAAACCACAGGGAAUACUGACUUCUGUUAAAGCCUUUGAAUCUGGAUUCAAGAUUAUCCUGCUGGGAAAAAGUGACGACAGAAAGAAAAAAAUGUCCAACUUCAUCAUCAUGCAUGAUCAAACUGGUCAUCAUGGAAAACACCCUCAAACCAAACGAGCCAGAAACUGUGAGGUCACCUGGGGAGAGUGGAAAGGAAACCCACUAACAGUGGUGAAAACUCCAGACCUGUUCAGUCUGAAUGUGGAGGCUGUAAGAAGAGAGGUGGAGAGCUGUGUGAGUCUUUGUCCUCCAGGACCAAAUGUUCUGCUGCUGUUAGUGAAACCUUCUGAUUUCACUGAAGAGAACAGAGAAACACUGAAGUUCAUCCUCAGUCUGUUUGGUCAAGAUGCUUUUAAACACUCAGUGAUCAUCAGCACACAUGAGGGCGGUCAAAAAGACGACUCUUUUAGACGUCUACUUAAAGACUGUGGAGACAGACACUACAGGAUGACUGACAACAACAUCGACUCAUUAAUGACACAGAUUGAGAGCAUUGUGUGUGAGAACAAAGGAGACUUCCUCACCCUCACUGAAGAGUUGAUCACUCUGAAGACUGAACACAUGAAACCAGCUUUAAACCUGGUCCUGUGUGGGAGGAGAGGAGCAGGGAAGACUUCAGCAGCAAAGUUCAUUUUAGGUCAGACAGGUCUUCAUUCAGCCUCCAGCUCAUCAGAGUGUGUUAAACAUCAGGGAGAGGUGUGUGGACGUUGGGUUUCCCUGGUGGAGCUUCCUGCUCUGUGUGGAAAACCUCUGGAGACAGUGAUGGAGGAAUCACUCAGGUGUGUCUCCCUCUGUGAUCCUGAAGGUGUCCAUGCAUUCAUCCUGGUCCUACCUAUGGGUCCUCUCACUGAUGAAGACAAGGGAGAGUUAAAGAUCAUCCAGGACACCUUCAGCUCUCGAGUCAAUGGCUUCACCAUGAUUCUGUUCACUGUAGAGUCAGAUCCUACAGCUCCAGCUGUUGUUAACUUUGUGAAGGAAAAUAAGGAAGUUCAGGAGCUCCUUCAGAGCUGUGGAGAAAGAUUUUUUGUUCUCAACAUCAAGGACAAACAGCAGAUCCCAGAGCUGUUGGACACGGUGGAGAAGGUGCAAACAGAUGAAGACAAACCCUGGAGCUACACAACAGAAACAUUUGCACAUGCUCAAAUGGAAAAGAUCAGCAUGCUACAUGCUAAGCUUGAAGACCGAGUAUAUUGUGAUGAUGAGAAGCAGAGCUCAGAGGGUCUCAGGAUUGUGAUGAUCGGGAAGACCGGCUCUGGGAAGAGUUCUUCAGGAAACACCAUUCUAGGAAGAGAGGAGUUUAAAGCUGAAUCCAGUCAAAAAUCAGUCACUAAAGACUGUCAGAAAGCAGAAGGUGAAGUGAACGGUCGUCCUGUCACUGUUAUCGACACUCCUGGUCUGUUUGACACGACUCUGUCUCAUGAAGAGGUUCAUGAAGAGAUGAUAAACAGCAUCAGUCUUCUGGCUCCAGGUCCACAUGUCUUCCUGUUGGUGAUGCAAAUCGGAAGAUUCACACCUGAGGAGAAGGAGACAUUAAAACUGAUCAAAGAAGGCUUUGGGAAGGAUGCUGAGAAGUUCAUCAUCAUCCUUUUAACUGGAGGAGAUUCACUAAAACGUAAGAAGAUGUCUAUUGAAGAAUACAUCGCUGAGAAAUGUGAUGAUUCCUUCAAGAAACUGAUCUCUGACUGUGGAGGAAGAUACCACGUGUUCAAUAACGAUGACGAACAAAACAGAACUCAGGUCAGUGAGCUGAUGGCAAAGAUCGACACAAUGGUGAAGACAAAUGGAGGAAGCUGCUACACCAAUGAGAUGCUGCAAGAAGCUGAAACUGAUAUAAAGAAAGAAAUGGAGAGACUCUUAAAGGAGAAAGAAGAGGAGAUGAAGAGAGAGAGGGAGGAACUUCAAAGAAAACAUGAAGAAGAAAUGAAAGAAAUGGAGGAAAGAAUAAAAAAAUGGAAAGACAUGAAAAAAGAGAUAAAGAAUAGAGUAAAAGAACUUGAAGAAAAAGAAAGAAGAAUAAAGAAGGAGCGUGAGGUCAGACUGCAAGAAGAGGAAAGGAGAGAAGAAGAAGACAGGAAGAGAAAAGAACAGGAAGAACUUCAACGACAGGAGUGGGAGGAGAAACUUAAAGCGUUGGAGAAAAAGAUAAAGUCAGAAUUAGAGGAAAAAGAAAACAUUAACAGACAGCUGGAGGAGAGCAGAGAAAAGAUGAGAGAAGAAAGAGAGAGUCAAGACAAACAACAAAAUGAGUGGUGGGAAAAACGAAAUAGAGAAGAGGAACGGAGGCGACAGGAGGAACAAACAAGACUCAGAAAACUUCAAGAAGAGUUUGAAUAGGAAAGAGAAAAUUAUGAAAAGAAAAGAAAAGAAAAGAAGAGGAACAGAGAAGACAAGAAGAAGA